AUGGGAAUCCUUAAGGCUUUGAUAUCACUGAAUAUUUCAAGGAAUAAUUUAACUAUAGAAAUGCUUGGUUCCCUGGGGGAAAUUCAAGAAUUGGAAUCACUCGACCUCUCCCAUAAUUUAUUAAUUGGGUCCAUCCCAGAUAGCCUAGGAAAUCUCAACAUGCUGGGCUAUUUAGACCUGUCGCACAAUAACAUGUCAGGCAGGAUUCCGCAAGUUAGACUUUUGGACACAUUUAGUGGCCUAUCCUGUGUGGGCAAUGCCGACCUAUGUGGGGAUCCCUUAAAUAUCAGUUGUGGGACAAGUGCACCUCCAUUACAGCUACCAGACGAGGUGGACGCAGAAAGGGAGUACAAUACAUGGUGGGUUGUGACAGUAGGGCUAUGUUAUGGAUUGGGAGUUGCUCUGGUUGUUGGGUUUUUCUCUUUUGACAGAGAACGGAGGAGAUGGUGCCAAUUUAGAAUUUGCGGAAAAUUAUGUAACGUAUUGCCGUCUUCCCAAAUAGUGCAAAUUCCAACAGAUGGGACAAUUUUCAACUUUGAAAAAAAAAUUAUUCUAAAUUGCCGUGCAGGUAAAUUUAGAGUGCCACGUGCAGUCAUGGGUGGACGGAACCGACUGCUGCCGGUGGCCAUAGGCAUCGCCUGCAACACAACCACCGGUCUCGUAACCAGCGUAGAUCUCAGCGGCGACUGGCAUCUCAACGGAACCGCAAACAUGGCCACCAUCUCAAACCUCAGCAACCUAGAGCACCUCGACUUGAGCUGGAACGACUUUGACAGUGCAGUUAUAAUCCCCAAAAUCGGACGACUCACAAAUUUGGCCUAUCUUGAUCUUUCCACCGCGGGUUUUAGCGGCAAGAUACCGGCGGAGCUGGGAAAUUUGACGCGCUUAACGACUCUGCAUCUUUCCAAUAAUUAUCGCCCGUCUGGCUCAUACACUGAGGUGAGAGGCUUUCUAAAGAUAGACAAUGUAAAUUGGCUGCGCAGACUGGCGGUGCUGAGGUCGCUGUUUUUAGAUGGUGUGCAUUUGUCCGGAGCUAAGAAAGAGUGGGGACCUGCUGUAUCGUCUCUCAGACAGCUUGCCCGGCUUUCCAUGGUUCAAUGCGAUUUGUUUCCAUUCUUGCCCGCCGAGUCCAACAGCUUGAGAAAUCUGUCACCCUCGCUCCAAUAUCUCGAUCCCAGCGGCAAUGGGGACAGGAAAUUCACUGCACAAUUCCCGACGUGGUUGAAGAACUUCACGGCACUGAGAACGCUAGAUCUCAGCAGCUGCGCGCUUUCUGGUAACAUUUUUCCGAUUCAGAAUCUUCAACUUCGAAAGCUCGAAUUGUUUUCCAACAAUUUAAGCGGGGAUGUUUCUUUUAUUUUCUCUAAUCAGUCGAUUUUCUCUUGGUUGUCGCUCCCGGAUAACGGCUUUGGAGGCACGAUUCCUGUAAAUAUAUCUCCGCCUUCUUUGACCCACCUGGAUCUCUCCGGCAAUAAUUUGGGAGGCUCAGUGCCUGAAACGAUUGCAAGGCUGGUGAAGCUCCAAGAUCUUAUUCUAGGGUAUAACAAUUUCAGUGGACAAAUACCCAUUUCGUUGUCCCAAUUGUUAUCUCUUACUUUUCUCGAUCUGGGUAUGAACCGAUUCAGCGGCGGCAUACCAAGCAAUUUGGGAGAUCUACCAAAUCUGAAGUACUUAGAGCUCAGCCAAAAUCAGCUCAAUGGCAGCAUCCCGCCCAGUUUUGGGCGCCUUUCUGGGCUGAAGCAUCUAAAUCUGUCAUAUAAUAAGCUUACAGAAGCUGUCAAGCUUGAAGCUUUUGAAAAUCUCACUGGAUUGCAGUUUUUUGCUUUGUCUAGGAACAAACUCACUUUAAAUUUCAGCUCUGUUUGGAAUCCAAGUUUUCGACUUCGGGAUCUGCGGUUGUCUGGGUGUGAUAUCAAAGGGGCAAUUCCACCAUUUCUUUCCCAGCAGUUGGAUUUGCAGGACAUGGAUUUAUCAAACAACAAUCUCACUGGGAAUAUUCCUUCUGGGCUAUGGGAGCUUCCCACGCUUGGAGAAUUGAAUCUUUCAGGCAAUCAUCUUGAAGGCUAUCUUCCUGGUUACUUGUUUGCCAAGCGAGAGGAAGGUUAUCUUCCAGUGAACAAUCUCAGCAGAGUUUUUUCAUCUUUCAUCUGCAGCUCAUUCAUACAAUUCCUGGAUCUGCCCAGCAACAAGCUAUCGGGGAGCCUCCCUUCAUGUCUGACAAAUUGCUCCAAUUUGGGAGUUCUCAACAUUACAAGCAACGAUUUUGAGGGAGAAAUUCCUCAAGGCAUAGGAAAUAUCACCUCCUUGGAAGUCCUCCAUAUGAAUGAAAACGGGCUCAACAGAUCCCUUCCCUCCUCUCUGAGGCACUGCAAGAAGUUAAAAAUUCUAGAUCUGGGAAACAACAGGAUUGAAGGGAAAAUCCCUCACUGGAUUAAAGACCUUCAACAGUUCCGCAUACUCAAUUUAAGGUCUAAUAAGCUGAGAGGCAUGAUACCUUCAGAGAUACUCCAGCUGCAAAAUCUUCAGAUCCUUGAUCUCUCAAAGAACGAUUUAACUGGCGAACUUCCUACCAACUUCUCUGGCUUGGCGCAGACAAUGAUAAAUCAAAGCACCCAUGCCUAUCUGAUAGGAUACAGAUACUAUAUAGCCAAUUUAUUCUUUGAGAAUGCAAUAGAUUUGUUUAACAAGGCCAACAACUGCAAUAACCAGUUAUCAGACAAGAUUCCAGAGGAGCUGGGAGUCCUCAAGGCUUUGAUACCACUGAAUAUUUCAAGGAAUAAUUUUACAGGAGAAAUGCCCGGUACCAUAGGGGAUAUGCAGGAUUUCGAAUCGCUAGACUUUUCCCACAAUUUAUUAAUUGAGCCUAUCCCAGAUAGCCUGGGAAACCUCAACACGCUGAGCUAUUUAGACCUGUCCGACAAUAACUUGUCUGGCAGGAUUCCGCAGGUUAGACAUCUGGACACAUCUGGUGGCCUCUCUUAUGUGGGCAAUGCCGGCCUGUGUGGAGCUCAUUUAAAUAUCAGCUGUGGAACAAGUGCACCUCCACUAGAGCCACCGGAGGAGGUGGAGGCUGAAGUGGAGGACAAUACAUGGUGGGCUAUAACAGUAGGGCUAUGUUAUGGACUUGGAGUAGCUCUGAUUGUUGUGGUUCUAUCUUCUGACAGUGAGAGGAGGCGGCUCUAUUUUCAAUUCCUGGAUGAACUCAUCCGUAGGUUGGCCCAUUUUGUAUCAGCUGAGCUUAGCGUAAAAAAAAGCGUUGGUGGACCUAACUGUUCUAUCAUUGUUGUAAUAUCUCUACAGGAUUUUCUCCAAAGUGUGCAUGUUCCGGGCAAGGAGGAAGGUCAACCGCGGGCCAAUGGCCGCCUGCCACAUGGUGGACGCGGGGCUGUCAGUUUUGGUGGUCGCCGGAGAGUAGGGAGCGGCCGGAGCCGAGGGGGUCGGUCGGUGGGCCGGGAGUCGAGGCUGCCGGUGGAGGUGGCUGAGGGGGCCGGCGGAAGCGAGCGGCGGCUGCGACGUGCAGAGCCGGGAGGAUGGGACGGCUGGCAGCAAUGA